AUGAUGCUGAGCUGCAGCCGUUCCUGUGCUUGUAGCCAUGGCAGCAAUGCUGAGGAGAGCAAGUGGUACGGAGUCCGCUCCUAUCUGCACCUCUUCUAUGAAGAUUGUGCAGGAACUGCUCUCAGCGACGACCCUGAAGGACCCCCAGUCCUGUGUCCCCGCCAACCCUGGCCCUCACUGUGCUGGAAGAUCAGCCUGUCCUCAGGGACUCUACUCCUGCUGCUGGGUAUAGCAGCCCUGACCACGGGCUAUGCUGUGCCCCCCAAGAUGGAGACGGUCAGCGAUGGCAGGUUUCCCACGCUGGAUGUGCGGGCAGCCGACUACAACCGGGCCCUGAGCUUGUGCCGUCUGGCAGGCACGGCACUCUGCGGGGCAGCCGGAAUCCUGCUGGCCGCCUGCCUCUUCUGGGCCAUGACCGGCUGGAUGAGCCAGGACCCCAAGGCUGAGCCCUUGGACACCGAAGCCGACAGCCACGUGGAAGUCUUCAGGGAUGAGCCCGAGCAGCUGUCCCCCAUCUUCCGUGAUGCCAGCGGUCAGUCUUGGUUCUCCACACCUGCCAGCCCCUUUGGGCCAUCUUCUGUCCAGACCAUUCAGCCCAAGCGGGACUCUUGA